AAGUCUUACCCAGAAGCUUAUCCAAAUUGUCCAGUUCAGCUCUACAGCGUUUAAAGCCGCCAACUGGACAAACAGGUCUUUCGACACUUUCCUGUCUUUACAUCAGUUUUUUCAGAGGCGCUUGUACUUCCUCUUUCUGCUGGUUAAAAAGUAUCCAGUCAACUGCUGCUCUAUUUGAGAAGAGCACACAAACAUUACAGCAAAUAUCCCCCAGCGGCUGCAUCACCAGAUGAUUGCAUCUGGGUUGACCCGAUGAUGGUUCUCACAUCAGCUAUGGUGGAAGAAGAUGCCCGUCACUCGUGCUUGACGGCAGUGAGAGUGCUACGCGUCUCCCUGGUGGAUGAGCUGGAAGGACGGAUCGACGCUCUGUUGGAGGUUCUGGUCGGCCAGGAAGCGUUCACCCGGGAUGACCGUGAGGAAGUCCUGUGUGAGCGGGGACCCCGGGCCAGGGUGCGAAAAGUGUUGGAUAUCCUGGAGUGCAAAGGAGAGGAAGCAGCAAAAGUUUUCUUCUCCGUUAGAAGUCAGCAGCAGCUCUCCCAGAACACAGCUCAGCCUCGAACCAGUGAGUACAAGAAGGUUCAACAAAAGCACAAGGAUGUCCUGAGGCGCAGGAGUGAGAGCAUGCUUUUCUACAACAGUAGGCAUGGAGAGAAAAUCCUCUUUUCUGAACAUUACGUCAACCUCCUGUUAGUGGAUGGGCACCAGGCCUUAGAGAUCAAGAGACACGAGGUGCUCGCUUUCGGACAAAAAAGAUUGUCCCUGCAGCAUAAAACAGGACUGCAGAGGAAAAUCGCACCAGCUGAGCUGUUUUCGAGAGCCAACGGAAAACGUCCAGUAAAGAAAGUGCUGGUGACAGGCGUGGCAGGAAUCGGCAAGACGGUCCUGGUGCAGAAAAUUCUCUUUGAUUUUGGGGAGAACAAGGACCAUCUCACCUUUGACUUUGUCAUUCACAUGAGCUUUAGAGAUUUAAAUCUCAUCGACAAACCCACAAACUUCAGAGAACUAGUCCUCCGUAAGAAUAGGCACCUCUCUAAAGAACUGGAUCGCAUCUUCGCCAAUGAUGACAAACUGCUGAUUAUCCUGGAUGGCUUUGACGAGUUCAGACACUACAGGAGAUGCCACGCAGAGGCAUUUGUGACAGAGCCAGAAGAGGAGGCAGAGGUGAAAGAGAUUGUGGGGAGCUUGUUGCAGGGCGAGCUGCUACCCAAUGCCUCCGUCAUGGUCACAAGCCGGCCCACCGCUAUCAACCACAUUCCUGUUGGAUGCAUCGACCGCUAUGUGCUCAUCGCUGGUUUCUCUUUAGCUGAAGUUCAAGACUUCUUCCUGCGGUAUUUCCAAGAUGCGACGGUGGCACGUCGAAUGUUUUCGACGGUAUCGGCAAACGAGCUGAUGCUGACACUCUGCUAUAUACCUGCAUUUUGCUACAUUGUGUGCUGCAUUCUCAACGAGAGCAAAGAUAUUGGUGGGGAGAUGCCCAAGACUAUGACGGAUAUUUAUGUGCAGUAUCUGGUGGCCUUGCUCCGUUCUCACACCGUGUCAAGAACUGAGACAUGUCCUGGAGGCCGAGGAGCAGAAACCACCCAGCAGCUGUCCGACAUUGUGCUGAAGCUGGGUCGGCUCGCCUUUAAAAAGCUAAUGGAGCACCAAACGCUGUUCUACAGCAGCGACCAAGACGUGGCCGGGUUACAGGGAUGCAGCCUGGUUAGCACCUUUCUUGACAGGACAGUGGCACAAGAGCCUGGCUGCACCGAAGAGGUCUUCUCCUUUGCCCAUCUCACGGUUCAGGAGUUUUUUGCUGCUCUUUACUGCGCUGUGACGGAUCAACCCUUGCCCGAUGCCAUCCAGAGCGGUGAGAGCCAAAACAACGGACACUUUGACCUCUUCAGCCGCUUCCUGUCCGGAAUCCUCUCCGACCGCAAUUCUAAUUUCCUGUCCAGACAAGCGGGGCUUUACUGCCGGGAGGAAAAAGUGGAGAUGUACCGUAAAAAGAUCAUAACAGAUCUGGCGCUGCUCUGUGAGAACGGAGCCCAUGUUCUGAACUGCUUGCACUGCCUGUUUGAGCAACAGGACCCGACAAUGGUGUUAGCGGUCCUCCCGGAAUUACUUCGAGUGAAUGUCAGUGACGAGACGCUCUCUCAAAUGGAUCAUAACGCCCUGAAGUACUUCUUAACCCUCACAGAAGGAAAAAUACUCUUAGAGCUGGAUCUUACAGGGACUGGAAUGAACUUUGACUCUCUGAAAGAUAUUCAACCAUUUCUGUACAGAUGUCAAAGACUUUGGCUUGGAGAAAAUAAUUUAGAUAUGGAUGCAGUUCAGGUCCUUGCAGAUGUGCUGAAGGUCUCAGACAACAUCACCCACCUUGGGCUCGGGUGGACAAACAUUGGUGACGAUGAACUACAAGCGCUUUGCGCUGCGAUCCGUGCGAAAAAAAAGCUACAAGAAUUGUGGAUGGAGGGUAACCGAGUGAGCCACAGAGGUCUGCUGUCACUUGCUGAUUUGACGCCAGAUCCAGUGCAAACGAUUGUGGUCAUAUGGAACAACUUGUAUGAGACAGAAUCUGCAUGUGUGCGCAGCCAGGACAGCAUCAUGGUGAAUUUCACCGACGAGGAAACGUGGCAAGCGUGGGGUCAGUGGGUUUUCAAACGGUGCGAGGUCAGCAGCAACGAGAAGCUACUGGCGGUUCUCCACAAAGUUUGCAACAUGUCAAACGACUGCCUGGAGCUCCGGUGGGCAAAGACCUUCUACGGUCAGCUAUCGCAGCUCAUAAAGAGGCGGAUACAGUGCUGCACCGAGGACGAUAUGUGCAAGAAGCUCCAACGAUUUGACAGGCUUUUGAAUCUGUGAGGAAAGUUGAUACACUGCUGAUUGCAGACUGAAGAAAGAAAAUUAAUGGGACAGGGUACAAUACAAUUAUGUUCUCUUGGGGCUUUUAACGCUAGACUACCAUCCUCUUUUACUAACAUGGCUCUGUUAGGAUGGGAGCAUUACGCAGUCACAAUCAAAAGAAAGUACAGUUCAAGGUUUUUACUUAUCAGGAAGUUGAUGUAGAUCAUUCGUAUUGGUGGUUUUAUUGUCAGUACUGCGUGUGUACGCGCCGUUCGGGUUACUCUGCGGCAGUGAACGUAUGCCAUAAAUAGACUAAAUACAACUAAACAAAAAACAUACAAAUGUGAUAGACACUAAGUGUAGAAUAAACAAUGCUAAGACAUACACUACAGUAGGGCUGGGUAUCAUCUAGGAUGAGCCGAUUCGAUACGAUUCUCAAUACAUAGCUCACGAUACAAUA